UAUAGCCUCAGAGCAGUGUCGCGCACACAGGAACAGAGGGGGCCGACUUCAACACUUCCUUUUACAAACUUGAAGAUUUUUUGAAGUCGAAACUCCGGGAAACGCCGGUUCAAACACCACACUCGGUGCAAACUCUCGACCACACGAGAGACUUUCUCAGCGGAAGAGGGAGUCAACGUCUUUCUCCAAGAGGCUUAUAUGAGCAGUCACCAUGGCACCCUUCCUGCGUAUUGCCUUCAAUGCUUAUGAUGUUGGCGCUCUGCCUUCUCUAUCUGAGCCACCCAUCUGUGCCGUCAAGAUGAAGGAGUCUGUCAACACAGAGCGAGGAAAAACCUUGGUGCAGAGGAAGCCCACCAUGUAUCCAGCUUGGAAGGCCUCGUUUGAUGCUCACAUCCAUGAGGGGCGUGUCCUAGAAGUGGUCCUCAUGCAGAGCACAGAGGAGCCAUUGGCCAAAGCCACUGUGGGCGUGUCUGUUUUGGCAGAACGCUGUAAGAAGUCAAAGACCAACAGCUGUGCUGAGUUCUGGGUGGACCUGCUUCCCUCAGGGAAAGUCCAAAUGGCUGUGCAGUUCUUCCUGGAGGACACUGAUGCAGCUGCGUGUAAGCCGUCAGUAAAGGUUCCUCCCGAAGAUGGAGUCAUGACCCUCAACAGGAGGAGAGGAGCUGUCAAGCAGCCCAAGGUUCACUUCAUCAAGAACCAUGAAUUCACCGCCACCUUCUUUGGCCAACCCACCUUCUGCUCUGUCUGCAGAGAGUUCCUCUGGGGGCUCAACAAGCAAGGUUACAAGUGCAGGCAAUGCAAUGCAGCAAUCCACAAGAAAUGCAUUGAAAUCAUCAUUGGCAGGUGCACUGGGACUGCAGCCAAUAGUCGUGACACUGUGUUCCAGAAAGAGCGCUUCAAGAUCGAUAUGCCACAUCGCUUUAAGUACUAUAACUACAAAGGCCCCACGUUCUGUGACCACUGUGGUAGUUUGCUUUGGGGUCUCUACAAACAGGGCCUUAAAUGUGAAGACUGUGGCAUGAACGUACACAGUUACUGUCAGAAGAAAGUGGCCAAUAUGUGUGGAAUCAACCAAAAACUACUGGCAGAGGCCCUGUCUCAAGUCAGCCAGAAAUCUAGCAGGAGGAAAUCUGAAACCCCUGGUUCAGCAGAUAUUGGGAUCUACCAAGACAUAAAAAAUGCAACAGUGGACCCUAGUGCAGGUGGAGAUAACAAGGCACAUGACGGCUUGAGACCAACCCCAGCCUCAUCUACAUCUCCCCGUGUACGCUUUACACUCAACCAACUGGUACUCCACAAGGUGCUGGGAAAAGGCAGCUUUGGCAAGGUGCUGCUGGCGGAGCUGAAGGGGCAGGGGCAGUUCUUCGCAGUGAAGGUUCUGAAGAAGGAUGUGGUUCUCAUGGAUGAUGAUGUGGAGUGCACCAUGGUGGAGAAGAGAGUCCUGGCCCUUGCUUGGGAGAACCCCUUCCUCACCCACCUCUACUCCACGUUCCAGUCUAAAGAGCACCUCUUCUUUGUAAUGGAGUACCUGAAUGGAGGGGACUUGAUGUUCCACAUCCAAGACAAAGGCCGCUUCGAUCUCAACAGAGCCACGUUCUAUGGGGCUGAGAUAGUAGUAGGACUGCAGUUCCUCCACUCCAAAGGAAUAAUCUACAGAGAUCUGAAGCUAGACAAUGUGAUGCUGGACAAGGAUGGACACAUAAAGAUAGCGGACUUUGGCAUGUGCAAAGAGAAAGUGUUUGGAGAUGUCAGAGCCACCACAUUCUGUGGGACACCUGACUAUAUCGCACCAGAGAUCCUGCUAGGACAGAAGUACACCUUCUCAGUAGACUGGUGGUCUUUUGGUGUGCUGGUGUACGAGAUGCUGAUUGGUCAGUCACCCUUCCAAGGCGAUGAUGAGGAUGAGCUUUUUGAGUCCAUCGGGUCAGACACCCCUCACUACCCUCGAUGGAUCACCAAGGAAGUCAAGAACAUGCUUGAGCUGUUGUUUGAGCGAGAUCCCACUCGCAGGUUGGGUGUGGUGGGAGACAUCCGUACACACCCGUUCUUCAAAUCCAUCAACUGGCAAGCACUGGAGAAGAGAGAAGUGGAUCCUCCUUUCAAGCCCAAAGUGAAAUCCCCUGGAGACUGCAGCAAUUUUGACAGAGAGUUCCUGAGUGAGAAGCCGCGGCUCUCCCACGCCGACAAGAACCUCAUUGACUCCAUGGACCAGACGGCAUUCGCUGGCUUUUCCUUUAUCAACCCCAAACUGGAGCACAUGAUAAGCAAAUGAAAAAGCCUAAUCACUUUGUCUUCCUAUGGUCAACUGGAUGGAGAAAAAGAGCAAAGAAGAUUUGGGCCUGGUUAUAUCAGAGGAUGAUAUAAUAUGAACCCAGGGUGUUUGCUGACGUCUAAAGCAAUAACCCUGUCUCAGCUGUCAAACUGUAACCAGAAGUUGUAUAAAGAUGAUAAAACUCCAGGAAAUUAAGGGAGAUUCUUCCACAUCAGUGCUACUUUAAUCAAGGCUGGGGGAUUCAGUGAUUUUCUCUUUCUUGUCAUUGUUCGUUGUGAUCCCAUACAAAUAAUAUAAUAUACUGUAUCUACCAAUAGAAUUCACAGGUACAUGCAUGCCAUUCUUUUUAAGUUCUAUAAAUAUGCACACUAGACAUUAUACAUACAAAUCAACAGAGUUCACCAGUACAUAAUGUACUCUUCCCCUUUUUGCUUUGCCAAUAGUAAGCCUCUUAUCACACUCAACCUCGGUGUAUUUAUGUUAUCAAAAUCAUACACGUGUGCAGGUACCCUCUUUUAGAUGUAUAUAUAUGGUGCUACGCUAGUCUUUUUUUAUUAUUAUUAUUUUUUACCUCUGAUAAACUCUCUGACAGACAGAUAAAGGCAUCAAAUGAAAACAAUUGUACCUUAAGAAUUGGGGAAAUAAAAUAAAUUAUCCACAAAAGAGGUUAAAUGAUUUUUUUAUAUUCAGCACAAAGUGAACAUCACGUUUUUUUUUCUAAUCCUUUAGGGUGCCAUUUGUGUCAAACCUCUUGCUUUACACCUAACUGAAACCUAAUGCAAGCGAUCACUCCAUGCGUACUAUGAACUGUCUUGGCUGUUAUCAGAUUUACUGUAGAGCUGCAGCAGUGGUGUGAUACUGAAGCUGAACAUCUUCUAUUGGAGGAUGUGUUAUUUUUUUGGGAGGGAUGGGCAUUUCACUGUAAGUUUAAGGUCAUUUAUGUAUUAUAUUACUUGAAUGUAGGAGUUUUAACGUGAAAAUAAUAAGAGCUGUAUAUGGCAAAAUUAUAUGUACUGCACCUUUAGCCGUCUGUGAAUUAUGGGGUAUACUUUUUUACUCUGCUCAUCUUUUACAUCUGAUUAUAAAUAAAUAUCUUGUAAACUCUGAA